GUGUGGGGUCCUAUACAACAGAAGGGAAUAGUGCAAAGCAAAGGUAAACAAGGCCUUUAAUCAAUCAGCGGAUGUUUGAAAGCAGAGAACAGUCGCGAAAAAGCAGGAUGGAGGCAGCCUGCAGCUUGUAUAGGAGGUUAUAAGUAGAGGGGCUAACUGUGGCAGGAAUACGAAGCAGACCUCAGCUGUUGCACUGGCACAGUCUGAUUCAACUUGUCAGACAUCACCUCCUAUUUCUUCUCGUCGGCUGGCCUCUUUGAUGCCUCUGCUUCGUUUUCUCUCCGGAGCCAUGCAUCCCCAGCGUCCUCUUCCUCAGGCCAUGCCCUCCUCCUCUCUGGGACAGAAUCUGCGGGACAUGGCCAUGGGUCUGGGAAGAGGCAAGAACUUAUUGGGAGGAAACGUCACCUACGGUUUUAUCCAGUCGGUUAAGGAGUGCCUUUAUUUUCUGCUCUGCUGCUGGUGCAUCAAAGAGAUCCUGGACUAAGAGAUCCAGUGGUUGAACAUUGAUUUUCACUUUUUUCCGACGGCUCCUUGAGUGUUAUUUCAACCAACUUCUAUUUAAUUGAGAAUGGAGUGUUUGAUCAGCAGUUCUGGCAAAGCAUUGGCAAGUAUGAGUUUUGUCUCAUAUGACAACAAACUACUUGAGUCUAAUUUGAUUAUAUUGCAAUUUAUGUUACUGUUAGAGUGAAGAUCUCAAUUUUAGAAAGCAGCCAUUUCUAUGGGGAAUAGUUUGUGUUGAAAAAAUGUUUAUUUCUGUUUUUCAGUGGUUGUAGGAUGCUCUUCUUGGGUUCCAGGAAACACACGUGCACUUUUUCAGAAGCUUCAAAUGCUCACUGAGAGACUGGGUCAGAGUUUCCUGAGUUCAACCCUGCUGAUCUGACUACUUGAGGAAUGGCAGCCCUGGUGUUCACUGUACAACACAAACUGGUGUGCAAUGAAUAAAAGAACUGAUGAAUAGAAAAAAGAUAA